GGGAUACGUGUCUUUCAGGCAGUUUAACCUCCUAUCUCUAGGCUUGGUGGUUCUUCGAAUACUCCUGUCAUUUUUGCCCAUCUCUCUCUGUCACAAACUGCUGGCCGCUGUCAAUGCGUCGAGUUAUUAAUGUCAAAGUUUGUUUGUUAAUGCCAAAAGCCGGUAAAUAACAAAAAACAGUUCAAUGUAUUUUACAGAAGAUAAUAGCUCAGAAACUUAACCGUACGAAGAAAACUGCGGCAUGGCUGAAGAAGAGCAUCCAGAGCACGAUAGAAAACAGCCACGCUUUUAUCAAGUGGAUGUUAGAAAUUUGCCAAAAUACUACACUAUGCCAGACUUUAAAAAGUUGAUCAAUAAAACAUUGAGAUUAAAUGGGUUCAAUUUUAAGUUUUAUGGUGGACAGAACAGUCCUCUUGUUUCUGUAUGUUUCAACUCGGGAGCUGAGAUGGAGAAUGCAAUUCUUGUAAUCAAAAACUAUGUGUGGAGAAAGAAGGUGUUAUCAGCACAGAAAUCUGCAAGACCACAAAAAAUCUCUGAAUCACAUAAAAGGACUAUAGAUAUGGUUGAUGAUAAUGAUGAAGGGAAUGGCAGAAGUGAUGUUGAUGAUGAUAAUGAUAAUGAUGAAGACGAAGAUGGUGGACCUAAAAAAAUGCAAAGGAUGGAUCCAAAACUUUCUGAUACAGAUAAACUAAGAAAUGCAUUCAUACCACUUUGGAAAAAGGAAUAUAAAGAUCAGCUAGCUAUGAAACAAAUGCAAGCUUGGAGGAUCUUUAAAGAAGUGGCUAAUGAGCUCAAAAAAGUUAACCCUACAUUAACGGAAUGGAUAGAACAGCAGAAAAAUCUUCAUGAUGAUAUGCCUUGUGAAUUGCUGGACGUGAGACAUGGAAAUAAUCCCACAGGGUAUAGAAACCACUGCGUUUUCAACAUUGGCCUUGAUCCAAAGACUGAACAAGCGUCUGUUGGCUUCAAAUUGAACACGUAUAUCAAUGGCUUCAAAGCUAUAGCCCAGCCUGAUGGCCUGAUGCAUAUCCCAGAGAAAAUCAUAGUUGCUGUCAAGGCAUUCCAAGACAUGCUGAGGACUAGAAUGAACCGACAGGAUCUGCGGUAUCCAGCAGAAAUAAUUAUAAGAUCGUCCAGGGAUCAGCUGUUAUUAUUAAUCAAUCAAUACCCUCGUAGUCGUCCUCAAGAGGACAGGGAACGGUUCGAGAAAAUUACCAUAGAUUACUUCAGCAAUGGACCGGGAAAAUCUUCCGGUGUUACAUCUUUGUAUACAAAGCGCGAGGGAAAGAGGGUGCAAAAUUACUACUUGUGGGGCGAGCGGUUAUUCUACGAAUAUCCGCUAGAUCUGACGAUUAAGAUAUUUCCCGAUGGGUUUUAUCCCACUAACAGUGAAGCUGCCCAGAUAUUCUACAAAACAGCGCUCGAGUUUGUAGGACCUGUGACGAAUUCUACUGUUAUCGAUUUGUGCUGCGGCCUUGGUACUUUGGGCCUUUGCUUUGCGAAGAACUGCAAACUAGUUCUUGGGGUGGACACAGUAAAGAUGUGCACACAGUAUGCUAUAGAAAAUGCGGGAAAAAACAAAAUAAAGAAUGCAUCAUUCUACACUGGCAAAGCUCAAGAUCUUGCAGGGCAGAUGUACAACAAAGCUUUAGGUGAUGAUGUGGUGGUUGUUUGUGACCCACCUAGGUCUGGUUUACAUGAGAAGGCUAUUUUCCAUAUAAGAAACAGCCCUAAGAUCAAGAAGAUUUUGUAUGUGUCCAUAAACCCGAAAUCAGGCUUGAACGUGUAUAAAAACUUGGCGAAGGCGCAAUCUAAGAAAGUGCAUGGCGACCCCUUUGUUCCCACAAAAGCUGUGCCUCUUGAUAUGAAUCCACAUACCAACGUAACGCACAUCAUUAGCCUCUGGGAGAGGUGGAGCAUAGUGAAAAACAGAAACCAACAACCAGUGAAUGUGGACAAAUGUUCCCAGAUCGACUUAACUUAGAUAAUAAUGGACAAGGCGCUUGAAAUAAAUUCAGAUGCUAAUAUGAAACACGCGAAAGCGUCCAGAUACUAUGUUUAAAAAAAUUUGUUUGUUUAUUCUUCAGUUUUUACGCAUUUUUGACAAAUACGUGUUCACAUCCGAACAGGGGUCAUGAAAAUCUUUUGAAUCUGCUUCUGAUAUCAUUUGAGACACUGGACUAUUUGUCACGUAAAAUACAGAUCCGUGUUGGGAGUGUGUUACGAAAUAUUCAAAAAUGUAUUUACAAGCUUACAUCAGAAAUAUAUUGCUUGUAAAGUCAACUUUUAUGUAUGAUUUAUUUAGCAGCUAAGAAUUAACAUUGUACUUCUUCACUGAAAAUAGUCGAAAACUGGUUAAAAUAAUUAUUUGAAAACUAUUAAACUUCAUUUAUGAUGUUUAAUGCGUUUUUGAACUGCUAUUCGCCGAAAGGUAUAUGACUUUUACUAUUAAUAAUCAGAAUAGGAAAUUUAUUUUUAUUUUGUAGAAUGUUAUAUAGUUUUUAUUGUUACACAAACC